AUUCCCAAUAAUUAAAAAUUUUGAAGUUAAUAUUUACUUUGCAUAAUAAUUAUAAAAUAUUUAUGUCCAUUUUUAAUGUCAUUAGAAAUGGACAUACAAUCACUUACUAAUAUUAAAUAAUAUUUUGGGAAUAUUAUUUAAUAUUAAAUAAUAUUGUAUUCCUUACAAAGUUAUAUGUGUUACUUAAAUUAUAAAAAUGCAGGGUGUCCACUACCUGGAAAAACCUGUAGUCAUGGAAAGUCAUGGAUUUCACAUUAUGCCCCCUGGAAUCCUGGAUUUUCCUGGAAAUUUGAUCAAUUUGAUCAUUAGUCCUGGAAUUUUUUGAAGUUUUACUUCUAAAACUUUAUAUCUUUUAGACAAAAUAAUUUUUUACAUUUUUUAAAUUUGUUCAUUGAAAUCACAAAUAUUACAUUAUAUACGUCUUUCAAAUUUGCGCACUUUUCAUAUACCAUAGAGCAUGCGCAUGUUGUCAUGGCGCAUCUUCAUAUCGCUAUAUGUACCUUAUCUGACAGGUUUCCUAACCUAAAUUCGUCAACUUUAACAAUUGAUGUUUCACUUUGGGGGGCAGAGCAGCAAUUAUUUUUGUCAUCUUCUUUCAUUUUGAGCAAAAAAUUUAAUUUUGUCAAAAUUGGAGUUGAUCCUGCAUGCUGUGCACUGUGUACCAACGUACUGUUUAUCCGCAACACCUGCACCGUAUUUUUUAUUAUUUUGCCAAGCAUAUUACAUUCUAAUAGAGAUAUAAACAUGGCUGCCUAUAUCAAUCGUGCAAUGGUACAAUCGUCUAUGAUUGGAGGGGACAGCCAACUUCGAUCAGAUGUUAGAAACGAUAAUUCUCCUCUACAGAUUUUUGUUAAAGCAAAGAAAAGGAUAAAUGAUAUAUUUGUGGAUAUAGAAAAAUAUGUGGAGGAAACUGUAGAGUUUAUGACAUCAUUACAAAAUGAACGGGAUAUUGUUACAAUAGAUGAAGAAGUAAAAGUUAAAGCUUACAUAGAUAAAAUACGAGCGAUAAAAGAUGUUCUUAAAAGAGAUCACAUGAAAGUAGCUUUCUUCGGCAGAACAAGUAAUGGAAAAAGUACUGUGAUUAAUGCUAUGCUACAUGAUAAAAUUUUGCCAAGUGGUAUAGGACACACUACAAAUUGUUUCUUACAAGUAGAAGGUUCAGAUAAUGGAGAAUCAUAUCUAAUUACUGAAGGAUCCACUGAAAAACAACCAGUACAAUCCGUUGGACAGUUAGGCCAUGCUCUUUGCAAAGAAAAGUUAUGUGAAAGCCAUUUAGUAAGAAUAUUUUGGCCAAAAGAAAAAUGCUUAUUGCUGCGAGAUGAUGUAGUGUUUGUCGAUAGUCCGGGGGUAGAUGUAACACCAAAUCUUGACGAAUGGAUCGAUAAACAUUGCUUGGAUGCAGAUGUUUUUGUCUUAGUAGCAAAUGCUGAAUCUACCAUAAUGGUUACUGAAAAAAAUUUCUUUCAUAAAGUUUCAACAAAAUUAUCAAAACCGAAUAUAUUUAUUUUAAAUAAUCGAUGGGAUGCUUCUGCUUCUGAACCAGAGUAUUUUGAUCAGCUGGCCAAAGAACAAAAAGAGGUAAGAGCACAACAUCAAGAACGCGCUAUCGACUUUUUAUCAAGAGAAUUGAAAGUUUACAGUCCGAAAGAUGCCGAAGAACGUGUUUUUUUUAUUUCUGCAAAAGAAACUCUUCAAGCUCGUAUGCAAGAACAACGUGGUCAACCUGCUCACAAUGGUGCAUUAGCAGAAGGUUUUCAAAACCGAUAUUUUGAAUUUCAAGAUUUUGAAAGAAAAUUUGAAGAAUGCAUCUCGAAAUCAGCAGUAAAGACUAAAUUCGAACAACACUCUCAGCGUGGUAAACAUAUCGCAACGGAAAUUCGUCAAGCUUUGGAUGAGAUAUUAGAACGAACACAAAAGAUGCGAAGUGAACAAUUAAAUAUAAAAAAAGAGGUUCAUGAUAAACUAAAUUUUACAGAGCAACAGUUGAUGCUAUUAACUCAGGAAAUGAAAGAUAAAAUUCAUCACAUGGUAGAAGAUGUAGAGCAAAAGGUUUCUAAGGCUUUAAAUGAAGAAAUUCGGCGGCUAGCUGUUUUAAUAGACGAAUUUAGUGUUCCAUUUCAUCCAGAACCACUUGUUCUGAAUGUAUAUAAACGGGAAAUUCAUACACAUGUAGAAAAUGGUUUAGGGUCAAACUUACGAGCUAGACUCAGCACCGCUUUGGCAUUGAAUAUAGAAAAUUCGCAACGAGAAAUGACUGAAAGAAUGUCAAGCUUGUUACCUGAAAACAAAAGACAAAUGUCACUUAACAUUUUACCACGACGCGAGCCAUUCGAGAUACUUUAUCGAUUAAAUUGCGAUAAUUUAUGCGCAGAUUUUCAAGAAAACUUGGAAUUUCGUUUUUCAUGGGGUUUUACAGCAAUAAUUAACAGAUUUGCAGGAAAACAAAGUCAAAGAUUAGCAAUUGCUAAUUAUCCGCAAGAGAUUCCACCAUGUUUAACAUCACCUGCAGAUAGCAUGGAUUCUCUCAAGUUUGUUUCAAGUACAACAAAUUUUCCAACAAGAUCUGAUGACUGGUCUACUUUGGCUACUCGUAUAGCAGUUGCAUCUGUAACAUCGCAGGGUACAAUGGGUGGUCUUAUUGUUGCCGGCUUUAUGUUAAAAACAGUAGGUUGGAGAUUAAUUGCUAUAACUGGCGCUAUAUAUGGUGCUUUAUAUCUCUACGAACGUUUAACAUGGACUAAUAAUGCAAAAGAACGUGAAUUUAAGCGACAAUACGUUGCACAUGCUACUAAGAAGCUACGAUUGAUUGUCGAUCUUACUUCUGCAAAUUGCAGUCAUCAAGUACAACAAUUCUGCAAUGUCAUAGAGAAGAUCCUCAUUUUGUGGAAAAUAUCAUGUUUACUGACGAGUCGAUGUUUACGAGAGAUGGCAUUUUCAAUACACAUAACUUUCAUUUUUAUGCAGAUGAAAAUCCGCAUGUGUAUAACAUUGGCAACUAUCAACACAAAUUCAGUAUUAAUUUGUAGGCUGGCAUAUACAAAAAUUCUGUGAUUGGACCAUUCGAACUUCCUGCAAGAAUUAAUGGCGAAAUUUAUAGUAAUUUUCUCUCUGAACAUUUGUCCGAACUACUUGAGGAUAUAUCAUUAGAGGAGCGACGUGCUAUGUGGUUCCAACACGACGGAGCACCUUCACAUAAUGCAAGGGGCACGCGGGAAACUUUAAAUAGGAAAUAUCCUAAUAUGUGGAUUGGCCGUGGAGGUCCUCGAGCAUGGCCAGCGAGGUCACCUGAUUUGACACCCCUUCAUUUUUUUUUAUGGGGAACUAUAAAAGAGUACGUGUAUCGCGUGCCUAUAAAUACUGUCGAGGAACUAAAUUACCGUAUUAUUGAAGCGUUUGCGAAUAUCACACCUGAAAUGUUAGAACGAUUAAAACAGAGCUUUAUUAGACGUGCUGAAUUGUGUAUUGAAAUGGAUGGUGGCCAUUUCGAACACUUAUUAUAAAACUUGAAACAUUAUUAUUCAUUUAAUUAUUUAUUUUAAUUAUUUAUUCAUUAUUUAUUUUUUUACUAUUUAUUUAUUUGUUUAUUUAUUUAACUUCAUUUAAUUGCGUGUUCAUCUAAAAAAUUUGGAUCAAAGGCUCAUAUAGAAUUUUUGAUUCGCGACGAUAACCGUGUUAUCAACACGAGAAAUUGUUAUACAAGAUAUUAUUACAGUUAAUUUAUUGAAAUGUACUAGCUUUUAAGAAAAAAAAUAUAAAAUAUUAUUGUGGCUAGUUCCCGCAAUUAUUUUUAUCGAUUUAGUUUCUUCGAUAUCAUCUUUGUAAAUGACUAUUUCGUUUAUUUAUUUCAUUAAUUAAUAUAUUGUUUCCAUGUGCUUUCGUUAAAAAUAAUGUAAAAUUGAAAAAUAAAUUAAAUUAAAUACUGUGACUGUGGUCUUGAUUAAAAUAAUUUUGUCCAAUGGAUUCUUUUUGUAUUCAACUGUUCUUCGUUUUCAGGCGAGAAUGUAUAGAACUCCGAUAUGUCUAAAAUUUUUUCUUUAUUUUUGAGUGGUCAAUAAAAUGAUUUCCCGUCACAGAUGGUAGAAGAACUAUGAGAAUCAGAAACAAAAAGAAUGAGACUUCAAAACUUUUUUUAUACUAUGUUAAUUUUUGAAACUAUGAGUUAAAAAACUUACAAUAAUGUGUUAAUAAAGCCAAAUGUGAAUAUUCGUCUUUGGAUCGAUUCUUAGAUGUUACUUAUACGACUUAUGGUAGGAGACUGCCAAUUUAAAACAAGUAGGCCAACAGAAAGUGAGAUAAAAAUAUAAAUAUAAGUAUGUGUGUGUUUGUUAUGCAUAUUCAAAUGGAGAUGCGUCAAAUCUCUAAACCUUUUACAAAAUUUGCAAAGCUCCACGGCGUAAAAUAAAAAGUACAUGCAAAUGUGGUUUAUGACAUUCGAAAGCAUGAAUUUUUACCUUUAAUUUGCGUAUUUGUUAAACGUUGUACAAUUUUUGUUCACCGAAUUAUUCAACACUGAACCAACAGUGCAUUCUUUUGCUUCAGUGCUGAAUAACUUAGUGAAAAAAAAUUGUACAACAGUCAACAAAUACGCAAAUUAAAGG